UUCACAGAAAAGAUGAGAUAAAAGCCGUUAUCAAUGAGGCCCAUGUAUUGCUGCGUUAAGCGAUUGUAAAUCGAAAAGUUCGAAAAAGCAAGAUGAAAAUUGGUGGUGGAGUGGUCUGUGGAAGUCCACGCGCCGCCGUUCUACCCUCACUGCUCCUCGGCCGCCGUGGAGUCACUAUACGCUGCUCUUCAUCUUCUUCGACUCCCGACCAUGUAUCAUUCAUCAAGGAUGUUGCGGCAACUGAGCCUCCUCAGCAUUUGUCUAAUUUGUUGAAAAUGCUGAAGACUAGAGGUGAAUCCAUAAUUUCUCCUGGAGCCAAGCAAGGAAUUAUUCCUCUUGCCAUUCCACUGGCAAAAAACAGCUCAGGUACUAUAACUGCAUUGCUGCGCUGGCCAACAGCACCCGCUGGGAUGGAAAUGCCAGUAGUAGACGUCAAUAGGAAUGGAGUGUGGCUACUUGCCAAGAACGUGGAUCAAUUUAUUCACAGACUUCUAGUGGAAGAAGAUGCCAAAGGAAGUGGAGAGCAAAAUGAUGAGCUAUUUCUUGCAGCAGCUGAUGCUGGGCAGAAACUUUAUGAAAGGGGCGAUUUAGCUGAAUCUCAGAUCAAAAACAUUGAUGGGUAUUUGCUGAAAAAGGUUGGGAUAUUUCCAGAUAUCAUAGAACGUAAAAUAUUGCGCCAUUUUGAAGAAGGCGACCUUGUUUCAGCUUUGGUGACGGGAGAAUUCUAUACUAAAAAGGAGCACUUCCCGGGAUUUGCACGGCCAUAUGUAUUUAAUGCAGAGGUUUUGCUGAAGUAUGUGGGGAAUUUUUUUCAUCACUCCAAAAAUGCUUUGGCUGAGAAUGUACCUAAAGAAUCUGUGCUUUCUUCAUGCUUCAGGGUGGGGCGUAAAACAGAAGCAAAGGAUGCUGCGAGGGGAGCGUUAAAAUCACCAUGGUGGACCCUAGGCUGUAAGUAUGAGGAAGUUGCUAAUAUCGCUCAAUGGGAAGAUGAACAAAUUGAGUAUUUGAAAGAGAAAGUCACAGAAGAAGGAAAGCUAGAAGACCUCAAAAAGGGAAAGGCUCCUGCCCAGGUUGCCUUGGAUCAAGCUGCCUUUUUGUUGGAUUUAGCUUCGGUUGAUGGGACUUGGGACAUGUCUGUGGAGCGUAUUGCUCAAUGUUAUGAAGAGGCUGGCCUUCAGGAGGUUGCGAGAUUCGUACUUUUCAGAGACUGAAUAUAAACAGAGGUGCGAAGCGGUGAUUCGCUUCUGGUUAGUCUGGAGCUAAUGGUAUAAGCCUGUGCCGUAUAGAGCCUCUUAGACAUAUUUUGGGUGCUUGAGAGAUUAGCCUGGGUUGGAUUAACAAGUACUCAAGACUUAAAUUGGGUUGCUAGCUACAGUUCACUCACAUGGUUUGGCUUGGUUGGGCUAUGUGGCUUCUACUCUCUUCUAAUUGUGGCAUACAAAUUACAAACCACUUGGGCUAACUGGUUUCCUCCUCACUACUUUACUUCAGUUAUUUAUAAAAUCUCACUUAUAAAAUAGUCAUUUAGUAGGGACAUCAAAAUU